CGUGCGACUGAGUUUGCAGAGAAGCAGAAAAGAAGAAGAACCAACGAGCUUAAAAGUGAUUACGCGGUUACUGUAACAACACAACAAAAGCAAUAAUGUGUUAAACCUGCAGUCACAUGUGUGUAUUGUGGAGCGUUUGGUUUUAACAAGCGAUAAUAACGUGAUAGUUAAAAAGCGCGCGGUUUGAGCGUCCUGUUUGUUGUAUGAGGAGGGAGGGAAUGUUAUCAGCCUGAUCUACAAAUGGCUUAUCGACUCACACAGGAGGAGCUGGAUCAACAGUUUGAACAGUUCUUGAAAGAGUCAGUGUCUGAUGACUCGGUUGAUUUGGGCAGCAGCUCCAAGUGUCCCAGCGUUUUGGAUAACCUUGGUAAGGCAUCUCAUCAGCAUCAGGAGAAGCAAAGACAGACUUCAGUGCCUUGGUGGCAGGAAGACGAAGACAGUGAGACUCAGGGAAAAGCUCUUGGGAAGACCUUCCGCAAAUCCUUAAGGAAGUCCCAAACCAUCCAAGAGGUUGAUGAAGAUCAGGCAAAAGUGCGAUGCUUUCAUGAUGAGCACAGAGGAGAGGCGGACAUGUUCAGCCGAGACAGUCUAGAGCCAGAGGAUUCACUAAAGAUAUAUGGCUCUGCACAGAGUGCUGCUGCUUUGGGCUUGCAAACUCUGAAUGAGGAAAUGGAGCAAGCAAUUGUUUUAGCUAGCGAGUCUGUACCUGAUGAGUCAAGACUGAACAAAGACCAGGAUGUCUCUUUGACAAAGCGGAAUCAAAGUGUAGACGAAGAAAGAGAUUUGGGUUCUGUGAAAGACACUUCAGCAUCCCUUGCUUACAGCGAUGAUUUUGAAGAUGAGGCAAGUGAUAAGGAACCUGAAGAGAAGAAGCCAGAAAGACGUGGGAUGCUGGCAAAAGUGUCCCUGCACGAUUCUCUGAACUCCACGGAUGGCGCUCUAGUGCCUCUAUUGUGCAACGAUGCAGGAGAGAAAACCGAAUACCCUGACUCCAGAAUGGCACAGGCAUCAGGACCAGGCACCACAGGACUGUCAUAUGGUCAAAGUGGAGCGAGUGACAUGGAGGCUCUGCAGGAGGCCUACAUGCAGAUCACUCACUCAGCGGGCAAGUGUGAGGAGCAGGAGGCGGAGCGUAGUAGGAGUCCCUCCUCUCUCUCCAAUCCAGAAUGUUUGAAAAGAACCACACAGCAUGGGUCCACUACAGAAUCAGAUUUACCCACUGCUGAAGAACUGAUGCGUGCUAUUGGACCAGAUUCAGGAAUCACUAUCGGCUUGUGUUUUGAUGCCCUAAGAGAAUCAGCUGUAGACAAGAAGGAUGAAAGUUUGGAUUCAGGCAGCCACAUUACAAGAGCUAAUGCUAAGCACGCUCCUCUGGCUCUCAGAGAAGCAGAUAAUGAGGACCCUGAAGCAAUGGAGCCAUAUCAAACAUCAUCCCAUCACAGACACUGGAGCAUUACAGAGCAGGUGAAAAGGCUCAUGCAGGAGCAGGAUUACUUCCCUGAGGUCCCUCCUGUUGCCUCUGGCAGAGCCAAGAAGUCUCAGGUUCCAUGCAGGUCCAUUCCCACAGCCUCUGGAAAAGCUUCAGUCCCAUCUGUGAAAAAUAAGAAAGCUGACAUCAAGCCAUUACUCAAAGCCUCUACACCAACCAGACCCAACAGUUUAGCUAAACCUCCAUCUCCACUGACUCAAAGAAAGCAUCAAAACCAGACCUCAAAAAAGAUGUCUUCUCUUAGUCAAACACAUAUUGUCAAAGGUCCAGAAUCCAGUUUUAAGGUAAGCAAUGAACUUGUUGCUUCAAUACAGUCCAUUGCCACCUUUUUACAACACAGAAUAGAAGCAGAUAGUCCCAACUCUGGCUGUACGGAGCAGUCAAUACAACAGGCAAAACAGAGCAAAAGGGAGAUGGAGGAAGGAGGAGCUGAAGCCAGAGGCCAUGGCCUUCCAUUGGAGUACUCCUCAUUGGAGCGUAUACAUCUGCAGCUGGCUGAGAAAGAGAGCGAAUUUCUCCUCAGAGAGAAGCAGCUCCAGCAGAUUCACAGCGAGGAGAUCAGUGCUCUCAAACAGGAGAAUUACAUGUUGCAGAGCAAGUUGCACAGUGCAGAAGAGACAAUCAAGAAGCAGCGAUGGAGUUUUGUCGAGGCCUCAGACUCGGGUAAAGAUGAGAAACUGAGACUGAUUGAGAGAGAGUUGAAGGAGCAGGAGACUCUAAUUCAAGGCUACCAUGUGGAGAAUGAAAAAUUGUACCUGCAGAUGAAGGCCCUUCAGGCACAAAGUAAGCAAAAUGAAGAGGCUAUGUUUGCAGAGAAUCAGAAGUUGCUCACUGAAUUAGCCAUCACUAAGGAACAGUUAAAUAAGAGCAGUAAGGAGAAGACAAUGGGAAAUAUAGGCAAUGGAUGCAAUUUCCAUGGAUGCAAUGUUGCUGAACUAUUGGCUGAGCUACAGACCGCACAGAAAAGGGAAUCACAGCUACAGGAAGAAAGCCGCAGAUUGAAACAAGAGAAACAGUCUCUGCAUGUGGACUUGCAGAUGGUGAAAAAAGAGAGAGACUUGGCAAAAGCCCAAUUGAUCUCUAAUUCAGGUGAUAAAGGUUUUGAGUUGAAGCUGCUAGAGGACAGGCAUAAGGAAGAGGUGGCUGCACUAAAGAAGAGACUGCAGUGGUAUGCUGAGAAUCAGGAGCUGCUGGACAAAGAUGCAGCCAGACUCAGAUCAGCUAAUGCAGAGACACAGAGACUAACUGAGCAGGUGGAGAAACUGAAGAUGGAGGUAGCAAAGCAAGCUAACCAACAGCAGAAGAAAGUGAAGGAGAGGUCUGCAGAGGCCAGGAGAGUACAGGAUCUUGAGCGGCAGGUGAAAGAAAUGGAGGAGGUUCUCCGCCGUAGGCACCCAAACUCUUUGCCUGCACUGAUGUUUGCUGCAGCAGCUGCUGAUGGAGAAAGCGGAGGCGAGAAUCUUUCUGCAGCUCGUCAGCCCUCUUAUUCUGCCGCCCUGCUGGAAAGACGCAUCCACAGACUAGAGGCUGAGCUUGAGAACCGUGAUGAGGAAGGCAAACGCUCACUCCGAGCCAUGGAGCAGCACUUUCAGAGGAUCAAGCUCCAGUAUGAGCAGCAGAUCUCUGAUUUGGAGCAGCAGAUAGCUGAGCAAGGUUCAGGGUGUCAUAAGUGCUCAUCUAAGAAGUCAGAGACUCAGUCUUACACAGUGGAGGAGCUGGAACAACCUAAGGAACUGCCCCAGAGUGAAGUACACACUCUAACGUCCAAUGUGGACACUUUAAAAGAGCAGCCCCAGCAGCUUCAUUCCUCAGCAGAGCACGAAAAGCCCUCUCGACACCAGAAGCAAACAGAAGCAGCACACAUCACCCGGAUGGAGCGCCUGAACCUGGAGCUUGCUACCAAGAGUCGCACCAUCCAGGAGCUGAAGCGUACUGUGGAGAGGCUGCAAAGAGAGAGGAAGAGCAUGUUAUUUAGCCCAAAAUACCAAAGUUCCAGAGCUCUGUCCAAACAGACCGGCAAAGAGCAGUCCAAUGUACUGGUUGAGACUUUCCCAUCUACACAGGAUGAGAGAGACUAUCAGCCUGGAGUUUUUUCAGGCUCUCAUAUUUCCGAGGUACAGCAGGAGAAUGAAAGGCUGAGGGUAAAACAGGAGCAGCUGGAGUAUCAGUGGUUAGAAGAAAGAACCUCACUUCAGGCUGCUGCCACACAAGCACAUGCGGAACUCCAGAGGGCUCAGGAACAAAACCUGGAACAGUUGAACUUGCUCAAAGCUGACCACCAAAGAGAAAUAGAGCGUCUGGUGGCCAGCCAUGCCCUGGAGCACUCCUCUUCCAAAGUAGCUGAACUCACAAAUCAAGUGAAAUCACAGGAGGUCAUGGUACUGCAUUUGCGUGAGCAACUGAAGGAGCUACAAAGAAAUAAAGAGGCACUUGCUUUGUCUAAACUCAGAGAGGAAACCUUACAAAACCAACUGACCAAGCUUUUAGAUGAGCUGAAGCAGGCAAAAGAGGCCCACAGUCCACAGCUGAGACACUUUGCUAGUUUGGAACACAAAAUCCAUAACAUGGAGGUCCGAUACAAUCAACGUGAGCAGGAACUACAGCAGAUGAUCAUUCAGACACGAUUAGUCGUAGAGCAAGAGCAGCAGGCAGAAGUAACACGCUGGAAAAAACUGGCUCAGGGGAAGAGCAGCGAGCUGGAAGCCUUCAGACAGGAGCUGGACUCUAUACUAGAUGUGCUUCGAGAGCUGCAAAAGCAAGGUGUGGUGAUUCCUGCCACUCAAUACUCCUCUGCUGCUGGCUGUAUAUCCCGGACACUCAAAUACUGAUAUAGGGUUCUCUGUAUAACCAAGCAUACUCUCAGGUUUGUCUGGGAGACACUGUUUACAAUGCAAAUCCACUUGAAUACUCUGGACAGUUCCAUCCAUGCUAAUAUAAAUAAAACAUACAGUUUGGAUGAACUGUAAUAGUCCCCGUUAGGGCUAAUUAAUUGGUGCCACAGCAAUAUUUGUUGCAAAUGUGUGUUUUCUUAAAGACAUUGUUACCGGUUAUUCAUAAGCCGGUAGAUAUUACAUUACAAUUUACUUUCAACUGGAAAUAACCACAGUGAACUAUUAAAAGUUGCUUUUUCACACACUCACCAUUUAGUUUAAUAGAAACAACUUCAUAUCUCCAUAUUUAUUUAUACACUUAUCCAACCAGCCAAAGCAUAAAAGCAUGCUAAUGCAGAUCAUGAUCUUUAGUUUAUUUACAUGAAACAAAAUAAUGAGGAAAAAUGCAGUGAUCUGAAUUUAAAUUAUUGUUCAUAGCAGUUUCUGGAAUACCAGCUAAUCUGGUACAAUCACACACAACAGUCUGCACAGAAUUGUACAAAAACCGCAGACUGAAAGAACAUACAUAUUCAAAUAAGCACAAUUUUAGCAUUAGUGAGCAGAAAAGCAUUUCAGUAUGCACAACACAUCAAAACUUGUGGUGGAUUGGUACUACAGCGACAGACCAUACUGGGCUCCACCUCUCUCAGCCAAGAACGGUCAUCUGAGGCACAGCACCAUCCAAACUAGACAUUCAUUCAUUCAUUCAUUCAUUCAUUUUCUACCGCUUAUCUGAACUACUCGGGUCACAGGGAGCCAAGCUGAAUUUCAUUUUAGCCUGAUGGGUCACUUCAGCAACUCACCUGCACUUACACUAGGAUUUGAGUUCAGUCAGCAUGUAAUUUGAAUAAAUUUUACAUUUAGAGCAUUUAUCAUGCAUCCUUAGCCCAAGUGACUUACAUUUUAUAUACAUUUAUACAAUAGAAGAUUAAGGGCUUUGCUCAGGGGCCCAGCAGUGGCAGCUUCGUGGACCUGGGAUUCAAACUUAUGACUUUCUGAUCAGUAGUCCAAUGCCUUAACCACUAGGCAAUCACGGCUCCAUAGUGGAUUGGUCUGCUACAAAACAAGAAUCUGUGUGCAGUUCUUACUUAUCAUUUGUAUUAAAGUGAAAAAAUACAUUUCAUAAGUUUUAAAUACUAGGAAAGUUUUGAUGCACUCUCCCCGUUUGUUGUAAUUUAAAUAGUGGUAAGCUUAAAAUAAAAGUUGAAAAACAUGCAAUUGUACAGAGCCACAGUUGAAAUGUGAUAAUGCUGACAUUUCUCAUUGUUUUAUUUAUUUUGAAUUAGCAUUAUUGUUGUAAAAUAUACUUAAACUUCUGUGUGUAUUUGAGUUUUGUGACUGUAAAGCAACAGGUUUGCUGAAUGUAUUAAAGCUACUUCACAUCA